UGCCCUGGACCUUCCCUGCUUGUGCUCUUCUGUUAUGGGCAACUCUUACCAUGUCUCAGGACUGAGGAUGACCAGAACUUCACCACCGUGAACAAUGGGAUCAGUCAAGAGAACCACGCAGAGGCAGACCCCACCCAGGAUAACUUGAUGUCCAACCUCUCCCCUGACAAGUUCUACAAUGAGUCCGUGGCAACGGCCUUCCUGAGGCUCUAUGAAAGCACAGCCCAGCUGGUGUGGAACCAGUUCAUGGAAGCCAGCUGGAACUAUGUCACCAACAUCACCAAGAAAAACCGGGAGGAGAUGCUGCGCAGUGAAGCCUCGAGGUCCCGGCACACACUGUACUUCGGCUCCCGGGCCCGCCUCUUUAAGACGUCCGGCUACCAGGACCCGCUGGUGCAGCGCAUGCUGAGUAAGCUGCAGAACCUAGACAAGGCAGCCCUGCCCCAGGACGAGCUCCGGGAGUACAACAGGCUUCUGGCCCGUAUGGAGACGACCUUCAGCACAGCCCAGGUGUGCCUGAAUGAGGGGCCCUGCCUGGACCUGGAGUCUGACCUCCAAGAGCUCAUGGCCACCUCCCGGGACCCAAAGGAGCUGCUGUGGGCCUGGCAGGGCUGGCGGGAUGCCGUGGGCCGUCAAAUCCGCCCCACCUUUGAGCACUAUGUGCAGUUCAGCAACAAGGUCGCACAGCUCAACGGUUACAAAGACAUGGGGGCUUUGUGGCGGUCCAAGUACGAGUCAGACACACUGGAGCAAGACCUGGAGGUGUUGUACCAGGAGCUGCAGCCUCUGUACCUCAACCUGCACGCCUAUGUGCGCCGGGCGCUGCACCACCACUACGGGCCAGAAGUCGUGGCUCUGAAGAGACCCAUCCCCGCCCACCUCCUUGGGAACAUGUGGGCUCAGUCCUGGGUCAAGAUCUUGGAUCUGGUCCUGCCCUUCCCCAACAAGCCCCCCGAGGAUGUCACAAAGACCAUGAAAGGCCAGCACUGGAAACCCACAAAGAUGUUUGAAGAAGCUGACGAUUUCUUCACCUCCCUGGGGCUGUUUCCUGUCCCCGACGAGUUCUGGACCAAGUCCAUGCUGGAAAAGCCCACCGACGGGCGGGAGGUGGAGUGCGAGGCCUCCUCCUGGGAUUUCUAUAACGGCAAGGACUUCAGGAUAAAGAAGUGCACCGAGGUGACCAUAGAAGACCUGCUGUCCGUCUUCCACCAGAUGGGCCACAUCCAGUACUUGAUGCAAUACAGGAACCUCUCCGUGAUCUUCCGCAGGGGCGCCAGCCCGGCCUUUGAGGAGGCUGUGGGGUCGGUGAUCACCCUCUCGGCCUCUUCCCACAAGUACAUGAUCCACAGGGGCCUGCUCAGUCAGGAGAGCCAGGACUCAGAGGAGGAGGUCAACUUCCUGAUGAGCCUCGCCCUGGAAAAGAUCGCGUUCAUCCCAUUCGCCUACCUCAUGGACCUGUUUCGCUGGAGGGUCUUUGACGGCACCAUCCACAAGGACCUCUACAACCAGGAGUGGUGGAACCUCAGGUUGAAGUACCAGGGUGUGUGUCCCCCGGUUUCACGGACAGAGGAUGACUUUGACCCUGGUGCCAAGUUCCACAUUGCUGCCAAUAUACCCUACAUACGGUACUUCCUCAGUCUAGUGCUCCAGUUCCAGCUGCACGAUGCCCUGUGCCAGGCCUCCGGCCACGUGGGCCCCCUGCACCGGUGUGACAUCUACAACUCAAAGAUCGCCGGGAAGAUGCUGGAGGAUGUCCUCAGUCUUGGCUCAAGCAAGCCCUGGCCAGAGGUCCUGCAGAAGAUCACCGGGGAGACCAGUGUGUCUACCAAGGCCCUCAUGACCUACUUCAAGCCUCUGCUGAACUGGCUGGUCGCUGAGAACGUGCGGCAGGGGGAUGUCCUGGGCUGGCCAGACUUCUCCUGUUCCUAUGAAGAAAAAUUCGCAGGAAGGGCAGAAUUCUUGGGUAUGGCGGUGGAACCUGAGAAGGCCAGCACUCUGCAGUGGCUGCUGCUGGUCCUGAGCGCUGUCAUCCUCCUGGCAGUCCUACUGCUGGCCUCCAGGUUGUACUACCUGGAUAAAAAGUCAGUGACCCAGGCCGCCCAGGCACAGGACUCCAACACUACAAACCCCAGUGGGCAGAAGGCCGGCUCCCAGAACGUCGAGCUCAAGUCCUGCUUCCUGGGCGUGUCCACGGAGCCCCUCCAGGCCACCAAGAGACAGUGGGCCCUGCUGGUCCUCUGCUUCAUCCUCAUGCUGUGUCUGAUCGGCCUGGUCGUCCACAUUCUCAUACAGCACAGGAAAACUUAGCGAGAACUAGGCACCAGUGCAACUGCCAGCCUCCCCCUCCACACACAGGAGCCGCCAGGACAACUCUGCGUCCCCCCCAGGAGGCCACACACGCAGCCCUCCCACCCCCUCAGCCCCAGUGGCCAGUGUGGACACCGCCAGGCACCGUGUCUCAGCGUGGCAGAGGACACCAGCCCAGGGCUCCAAGCCUCUCACCUGGACUCCGGCAUAUACCCUCCCUCCGCCUCCUUGUCCACUCCCUCCCUCCCCUCCCCUUGUAAAGUUGAUUUUUCCAGAAUAUUUCCUUCAUAUUUAACUGCUUAAGAACUUAGUUAUCCAUCAAUUAAAUCUCAAUGUUCAAAAAAGGCA